GUACACAAACCCACAAAUCCCAAUUCCUUCCUCAUAUACAGCAAAUCAGCGUUUGCAACUGUCGGAUACCUUUUCCCCCUUUCUCUCUCCCCCUCCGCCCCAACCGCAUUGCCGCCGAUCUAUCGAUUGAGAUAAUGCCAAACCUCGCGAUCGAUCGACGAUCGGAAAUUUGUUGAUUUUCGCUCGAUCGCCGCCGGCGAUGGCUCACCACCAGCAUUACCGAUCGCCGUUCGGCGACACCACGCUCACUAAGGUUUUCGUCGGAGGACUCGCCUGGGAGACUCCGACCGACGUAAUGCGCGGCUAUUUCGAUCAAUUUGGAGAUAUUCUAGAAGCUGUCAUCAUCACCGAUAAGAACUCCGGCAAAUCCAAGGGCUACGGAUUUGUGACGUUUCGUGAUCCUGAAUCCGCUAGGCAAGCGUGUGCCGAUCCGAACCCUAUGAUCGAUGGGAGACGAGCCAAUUGUAAUAUCGCUUCGUUGGGACGGCCUCGACCAUCUCCUCCUCGAGGUAGAAAUCAAGUUGCCAACGUGUAUCAAGGAAGCGGAAUGGCGCAAGGGGGAAUGUCGUCGUAUCUACCAUUGCCACCGCCUCCUCCCCCGGUGGCGCCUCAUCCGCCCGUCAUGUAUCCGCCUUAUGGGUACACAAGCUAUUCACCCGAUUAUGCUUACCAGCAGCAGACAAUGUACAAUCCACAUAUGCAGCAAUCACAGUACUACAAUCAGCUAUAUGGGGCUUCAUCCUCUGGGUUGGGCUCACCCUAUUACUAUGGGUACGCACCCAGAGGAGCGUUUUCAGUGCCUCCGGCGCAACGUAUGCCGGGUCCGUCUUAUCUCUACUAUCCUACGCAGAUGGAGGGUACCUCUUUAACCUAUCCUCCUACCCCUCACCCUCUCCCUUCACUACAACCAAUAAGACACUCGCUUCCUUCUCCUUCGGAUUCAGUGGCUCCUAAUCAGACAUCAACGGAGACUGAAGCGGGACCGGCUACUUCGACAAGUUCAACUGCCUAAGGCAGGAACCUUGGAGUAAAUUCUUUUAAAUUAAAAAAAAAAGGUGUUUAUUGUACAAUAUUGGAAAAUUAAUCGAUAUUCCUUUUUUAUCUCUCAAUAAAAAUAUCAUUUAUGUAACCAUUCAAUUUUCCCCCCUUUUAUCUGUUUUAGGGGUCGAUCAUUCAUAUUAACAAACAAUUCUUAUUAACGAA